CUACGUCAUCAUUAGGGGGCAGGAGCCUUCCUUCAAGCGAAUCAGGUUAGACGUUGGGGCGAUCGUGGAAGAUUCUCGAAGUUCAUCAUUGUGGAGUUUACAGCUAUAGCUACAUUUGUUUCUAUCGACAUUUAGUUACUGGCCAAGGUCUUCUUAUUGGCAACCAUGGUAAAGGAAACAGGCUUUUACGACAUGUUGGGCGUAAAACCCAACGCCACGCCAGACGAGCUGAAAAAGGCUUAUCGUAAACUGGCCUUGAAGUACCAUCCAGACAAGAACCCCACAGAGGGAGAGAAGUUUAAACAGAUCUCCCAGGCGUACGAGGUGCUGUCGGACUCCCAGAAGAGAGAGGUUUACGACCGUGGUGGAGAGAAGGCUAUAAAGGAAGGAGGGAGUGGAGGAGGUGGAGGAGGAGGCUUCGGGUCUCCCAUGGACAUCUUUGACAUGUUCUUUGGUGGUGGGGGGCGUAUGCACAGAGAGAGGAGAGGGAAGAAUGUAGUUCAUCAGCUUACAGUCUCUUUGGAAGAUCUCUACAAUGGAGCCACAAGGAAGCUUGCCGUCCAGAAGAACACUAUUUGCGAGCGAUGCGAAGGACGCGGCGGUAGGAAGGGCGCCAUGGAGAUCUGCAUGUCCUGCCGCGGGUCCGGCGUGCAGGUGAGCCUCCACAAGCUGGGGCCGGGCAUGGUGCAGCAGGUGAGGACCGUGUGCCAGGGCUGCCAGGGCCAGGGCCAGCGCAUCAGCCACAAGGACCGCUGCAAAGCCUGCAGCGGGCGCAAGAUCCUGAGACAGAAGAAGAUCCUGGAAGUCCACAUCGACAAAGGGAUGAAGGAUGGCCAGAAGGUAGUGUUUCACGGGGAGGGGGACCAGGAGCCGGGACUAGAGCCUGGUGACAUCAUCAUUGUCUUGGACCAGAGGGUGCAUCCAGUCUUCACUAGACAAGGUGAGGAUCUGACCAUGACUAUGGACCUACAGCUGGUGGAGGCCCUGUGUGGCUUCCAGAAGCCUGUCCAGACCAUGGACAACAGAACCCUGCUCAUCACCUCCCACCCAGGGGAACUGAUCAAGCCCAGCCAAAAGAAGAGUGUCCUUAGCGAGGGGAUGCCCAUGCAUCGUCGGCCUUAUGAAAAGGGCCGCCUCAUCAUUCAGUUCACGGUCGUGUUCCCGGAGGCCAACUUCCUCCCCCAGCAGAAGCUGAAGGAGCUGGAGCGUUACCUGCCGGCCACGCGGGAGGCCGAGCAGCCGGAGAGCAUGGACGACGACCUCUACAUCUACGCCGACCUGGAGGACUGCGACCCCGCCAGCGAGAGGCAGAGCUACUACCAGUCCAUGGAGGAAGAUGACUACCCCUCAGCCGGGGGGGUCCAGUGCCAGACCUCGUAAACCCCCGCCCCCCCCCUUCCACACCCACGCACAGAGCCCCCUCCCCCUUUCCGCCUGUCACCUUUGCUAACUCCUUCCCUGAACCCGGAUCCCUCGAGGGGUUAGUCCAUUCCUGUGGAAUCGCGCACACGAGUGCAUCUUUUUCUUUUCUUUUUAUUACUCGCUUUUUUUAAUUAACUUCAAAUGCUAACCGUCGCCGAUGUGUCAAAGACGCCGGACCAAGAUAUGUCAGAGGUGUUUGUUGAGGACUCGUGCCCCUUCAUGGACAAAAUUGAUCCUUAUAAUGAUUCCUCAAUGUGGGAUUCGCUGUGAUUGCUCGGCACUGUGACCUUAUUUAAUUCCUUUUUUGGAUUAUAUUAUUUCUAAUUGUCAACCUUGUUGGUUUGGACCAACCUUUCAAUGGGUUGGUGCAGAGGCAAGGGCUUUAGUUUGUCGUGGUUACCACAGGUGUACCGAGACCUCAUUUACUUUGCCUAAUCAGACUCUGCUGUAGCUAACUUCAGGUUUUCUGAUGCAGAUUAAAAAAGGACGACAUUGAGUUUUUGACGAUGUGAUGAUUCAGGUUGUCAACCACCAUGCUAUUGACAGGAACCAUAGAACUGGCAGAAGUUCAUUUCAAGGAUCUCCAUGCUGCUUCUGAACAUAAUGAUGUUCAGAGAGAAAAUGUGAGGAAGAGGUUGUAGAAAUAUUCUGAUAAGAACACUGAAUAGUGCAAUAGUUUGAGUACAGACCGGCAUUUAGUUUAUUUGUGAAAUUUUAAUUAUAAUUCAAAUAUGGUAUUUGUUGUAAGAACAAAAUACUAACCCAUAGAUCUCAUGCACUUUUUUGACCAUUUAGUCCCAUUACAAUAUUUUUACUGUUGAACUUUUAAAUGGAUAGAAGAUCUGAAGAUGUUAAAAUGUCACUUUUUACCUCAUUGGCUCGUCUGCAAGUUGUGAAGCCUUAAAAUCUAAACUACGACUGACGAGCAAUAAUUUCAUGUAGGAUAGUUGUAUCGGUUGUCUUUUGCACGUCUGAAAUCAAGCCCCUGAAAAAGCCUAACAUUACCCUGGGACUGUUGUUGUAAUCAGAAGUGCUAGUAUUGAUGUUUUUUUAGGCCUUUCAAGACUGGAAUAAGUCAUCCUCAACAAAAAGAAUACCCAUGCUAAUGAUGUUAAGUCUUAACUAAUCUAUAUCUAUUGUAUUAGGACCAAUCCUUUCCCAUGUUUCUAUAUGGUCGUAUUUAUAAUAAACUACAAGAACGUUA